AUGCCACCCAAACCCAAAUCCCGCCUUACCCCCUCCUCCUCCUCCUCAAAGCAAAAACCGCCCGCAACCUCCCCACCCCCCCCCUUCAAACCCGCCCCCUCCUCCCUUGCCCCCUUCACCAACCUCCUCCCUCCAGGUCACGUCUACAUAACCCACAUCGACCCUCGCCCGGCCACCUUCAAGCGCAAACUCUUCCUUGUGCCCGUGGCCCUCAACCUAGCUGUCCUCCUCCUCUUCUUCUGGCGCGUGUACCACAUCGGCCCCUACUACCUCGCCCUCUUCACGUCGGCCGCACUAGGCCGCGACAACGAGACCACGCUCCGCGCAGCCGAUCUGACGUACGGCGAGCUCGCUCGCGUGAUCGCCCGCCGCGCGGCGACGUUCCUUUUGGAUUUCCUCUUGGGCGUGUUCGUCUGGCCGUGGCCGUACGAAUUCGUCGUGGGUGCGUCGAGCGGCGGGCGGGGGUCGCCUGUGCAGUGGCGGUGGGCGGUCGGGUUCCGCGGGAAGGAGGUGUAUGUGCGGCGGAGCAGGGACAGUUGGGAUGGGUUGUUGAGGGAAAAUGGUGUGGAUCUGUUUGAUGGAGAACGGAAGGAGGCACGGGAGGGAAGGGAGGCGGUGCUUUCGCGGGUGAGGGCCGCCACGGCGCCGAUGCUGUUGCAGGGCAAGACGGGAUAUUUGACGAUGGACGGGGACUGGGAUUUGGAUUGGAAGGCCAUGGUGGAUGCGACGAGGUUGGUGGAUAAGAAGGAGAUCGCGCUCGAGGCGUUUGGGACAGUAGUGAUGCUGCAUCAUGAGCAGUUUGGGUGGGUGAGCGUGGAUCUGGGGGAUGGACCGAUGGCCGAGCAGGACGAGAGACGGAGGCAGUUGUUUGCGUUCCGGGAUGCGCUCGCCACGCUCGGCAAGGAAGACUUGUUCUUUAGGUGGGUCGAGAUGGUUCAAUUUGAGGCCACCCAGCCUGGUGGGUUUACGCCCGAGAAGCAGGUUGUGGCAGCGCAGAAGAUCCGGGAUCUGUUCAAGUCGAAGGGGGUCGACUUCGACGAGCUGUGGAAGGAGUCGGUCGGGACCGAUGGCCUGGCCGGCAUGCCUUGA